CCCUCCCCUCAGUGCCGCUCGGCAGCCGCGGCGGCAGCAGCAGCAGCAGCGCCGCGUCCUCCUCCUCCUCCUCCUCCUCCUCCUCCUCCUCCUCCUCCUCCUCCUCCUCCUCCCGUCCCCGGGGCACGGUGAGCACCGCCGCGUCUGCGGGCACGGCUCGCUGAGCCCCGGGCCCCCCCCCCAUCACCUCAUAUCUCCAUAGGGCAGCGACCGUUAACGGCUGCUCCCCUCUCCGUUGGGACGCGGCGGCUGCGAGGGGGGGGAGCCGGGGCCGGGAAGGCGGCUGAGGGGGGCUGCGAGGGCUCGGCACCCAGGACUAGCCUUUUUUUUUUUUUUUUAAUUUAUUUUAUUUUAUUACUAUUUUUCCCGUCGUGUUCCGCGGCUGCCCGGGAAACUUCCUCAGCCCGGUUCUCAACUUGGAGCAGAAAGGAGGAAAGGAAAAAAAAAAAAAAAAAGCCAUCCGUUUCCUUUGGUGUUGCGGCCGCCGGGAAGCCCAGCCGAUGCAGUUUAUGUUGCUUUUUAGUCGCCAGGGGAAGCUGAGACUCCAGAAGUGGUAUGUCCCGUUAUCUGACAAAGAGAAGAAGAAAAUCACAAGGGAACUUGUUCAAACAGUAUUAGCCCGCAAACCGAAAAUGUGCAGCUUCCUGGAGUGGAGAGACCUGAAGAUUGUCUACAAAAGAUAUGCAAGCCUCUAUUUCUGCUGUGCUAUUGAAGAUCAGGACAACGAACUAAUAACUCUGGAAAUAAUUCAUCGUUACGUAGAACUUCUUGACAAGUAUUUUGGAAGUGUAUGUGAACUUGAUAUUAUCUUCAAUUUUGAAAAAGCCUAUUUUAUUCUGGAUGAGUUCCUUUUGGGAGGGGAAGUUCAGGAGACGUCCAAGAAAAAUGUUCUCAAAGCCAUUGAGCAGGCAGAUCUUUUACAGGAGCCACGUCAUGAAUACUUUAAUGUCCCAGUGUACUAAAUGGCUUCAUUCAUCAUGCAUGCAGAAUUUCAGAGGAGAUAGACCUGUGACUUACUCAUGACAACAUUAUCAUCAGCUUGGAAGCAGAGACCCCACGUAGUGUACUUGAAGAAAUUGGAUUGACAUAAAUCUUCAGUUCUGCUGAUGACAUCUCAGUGUUUCAUACUGUAAAUGUUCACUGCCUUCAUUGUAAUGUUUAGCUAAUGGUGUAAGAUGCUGUUUGUCAGUAUUACUGUUUUGCUAAGCUGCUUCAUUCAGGCCUACAAGAGAAAUUCUCCUUUUGAAAAGGGAACAGGAAACUGAAGUCCAAACACGAUAAACGAAAGGGAAUUAGAUUUAAAUUGACUCAAUGUCUGUCUUCUCUGCAUUUAUAGAAAAAUUGCAUUUGAUUUCAGUAAGUGUACUGUUUUUAUAAGCAAACUUGACUUCAGGAAAUAAAUGUAUCAUUGCCAUAGCAUAUCUAAAUGAACGGAAACUACAUGGACAACUUCAAGUAUGAAAUGUUAUAUUGUAGAAAUUGUGUUUAUGCAACCAAAGACUUUCGUUCAUCUAUGUUUUUAGUCAACAGGUGUGAUAAUUCUGCUUUCUUUCAGUUGAUGCAUUAAGAUUGGAAAUAACUGUUUACUACUGAAUUUGCCAUUAUACCAAAGAAUCCUCUUAGGAUCUGCAUAUCAAACUGGUUAAAAACUGUUAAGGUGGUAAUGCUUUUUGCAAGAAAGCUGCAAACUGAUCAUUUACUAGCAGUGAAAAUGUAUUUACAUGUAGUUAUCUGAGCAAAACUGUGCAAGUUACUAUAUUAAAAAGGGAAUGCAUGUAGUUAAAAAUCCAAACAGGGAAACUAUUUUUUAAAUCAGUAUUAGCUUGCUCUGAAUAUAAACACAAAAAAGUAGCCUUUUUGACACUAUAGAGGUAUGUAAUGAAAAUGGGGUACUUUUGAACAUGGAAAGAGGGAGCUUUACAAAAGGGAGUUUUUAUGAUUUUCUUCUGAACUCUACAACUUAAUUUGUAUUUAUUGGUGUUUUAUAGUUACGCUUUAAUGGGUGUUUAAGCACCUUUAGGAAAAACAGUGUCAGCUUCAUGUUUGAAUACUUUUCUUGACUUAUAUCUUUCAUGUGUGAUGCAUCCCUUAUAAAACUCCUACCUGGUAUACAGUGGUAUAACCAACUGAUUUGCAGUGAGAACUUUUAAAGCCAGAUUUGUAUACGAGAUUCACUGCAAAUGGGGCAAAGUGAUAUCAGGUGAUAGUUUGACACUUCUCGCAGGCUUUUUAAUUGUACAUUCGAACUGUUUCACUUGAGGAGAUGUGGUUCAUGUAUGCUUUGCGCGUUCUGAGAGGGUAUCGGCACACCUGGGAGUAGCAAAGUUCUGUGUGCGUGCAUGGUCCCUGAGAAUGCCAGGCUUUGUUUCCCUCUCUUCCCUUCCCAGCAAUUUCACUGUAGAAGUCCAUGUUUGGGCUGGGUCAGUUAAGUACGUAGUGCCAUGUAUGUUCUCACCAAACUGAGCUUUGGCAUGGCUGGUGGAGGCAGUUGUGCAGUGCUAGCACGAGCAGUUACACAGCCGGGGGAGAGCCAGGCUGUGGGCCUGGCCUGAUGGGGGCUAAAUGUAACCCACCAGAAGAGGGUUGGUGGUGACAGGCUUGGGUUCCCUGACCCAGGUCCCAGUGUGGGUGGCAGCAGAAGGCAGGGGUGGGUCUGCAUGCCUCAGUGGCGGUGCUGGAGCAGAGCCUGUGAACUCGCACCGUUCAACUUUGUCUGCUUAAGCCAUCAUUUCUGGGAUUUGAACAUACCGCAUUGCUAGAGACCGUGGUUAACUUUAGGCACACACAAGCAGUGGGUUGCAUUUCCUCUGUGCAAGAUGUGCAGGGAUAGAUGAGGUUGAAGUGGUGUUAGAAUACCCCUCAGUGUGAGAUGGAAGCAGUGAAAUUACCUUUAGUCAAACCUGAAGCAAUUUCCUACGUAUUCAGCGUUUUUAAAGUUUACACUGUUACUUGUAUGUGCUUGGCUGGGUUAAGCUUUGUUGUGAUUGUGAUGAAUAAAUUGUUUGACCUCCGUCGUACUGUCACAUUGGUUUAGUUGUAAUAAAUGUCCAUUUUUACACCGUU